AGGCUUAGAAAGGACUCCACCGCUGCCCUGAGCGUGCGUCAUGCCGCACUCUCGUACGUCAGUCACCACACGCGCUCCUGUGUACGGAAAAGGCUGAGCGAAUCGCAUAGAACACAGGACGUCCUUUGCGUGAAGCCGCUGGGAAUUUCAGCGCAUGCGCGGUGCGGUGACCUCGGCAGACCAGCCAGAACAUGGACUCGGUGACAGAAAGCGGCUGAGCCGGGCUACAGUCAUAGAAUUCUGACAUUUUCCCAUCACAAUGGCUCAGUAUGGAGGACAGAAGACACCCCCACCAUGGGCCACCCAGUUUACAGCGACUGCGGUGUCACAGCCAGCUCCAUUAGGUGUCCAACAACCAUCGCUGCUUGGAGCUUCCCCUACACUCUACAGUCAGCAGUCAGCGAUGGCAGCAGCUGGCCUCAGUACCCCUUCAGCAAACUAUCAACUCUCUCAGACUGCAGCACUCCAACAACACGCUGCAGCUGCUGCAGCCGCCGCAGCCGCUGCUCUCCAUCAGCAAUACACUCAGCCCCAGCAAAUGUACAGUGUACAGCAGCAGUUGCAGCAACCACAACAGACUUUGAUAACUCAGCCUGCUGUUGCACUGCCGACAAGUCUCGCCCUGUCCACUUCCCAACAGGCUGCACAGAUAACGGUCUCCUACCCUACUCCCCGCUCCAGCCAGCAACAAACACAGCCUCAGAAACAGAGGGUUUUCACUGGGGUUGUUACCAAGCUCCAUGAAACAUUUGGCUUUGUGGAUGAAGAUGUGUUCUUUCAACUCACUGCUGUUAAGGGUAAGUCCCCACAAGUUGGAGAUCGAGUUUUGGUGGAGGCCACCUAUAAUCCCAACAUGCCAUUUAAGUGGAAUGCACAAAGGAUUCAGACUCUUCCAAACCAGAACCCAGCUCCAGUACAGACUUUACUGAAGAACCCACAAGGAGUUAUGCCACCUGUUGCACAACAGCCUCCUUUUGGGGUUCAGACUCAGCCUCCUCCACAAGCACAAACCUUGCUUCAGGCCCAAAUUUCCGCUGCUUCUCUAAAUCCAUUACUUCAGCCGCAGCCAUCUCCGAUGUUACAGCAACAGCAGCCAAAAGCUGGCUUGUUACAAACUCCUGUUCGCAUUGUAUCCCAGCCGCAGCCAGUGCGAAGGAUUGAACCACCAUCCAGAUUCACUGUCAGGAGUGAUCGAGGAGAUUCUAUUUCCAGUAGAAAAGAUGACAGAAACCGAGAAAGAGAUCGAGACAGACGCCGGUCACGUGAUCGUUCUCCCCAACGAAAGCGGUCAAGAGAGAGAUCUCCGCGACGUGAGAGGGAGAGAUCACCGCGCAGAACCAGACGUGUUGUCCCUCGCUAUACUGUUCAGUUCUCAAAGUUUUCCCUAGACUGUCCCGGAUGUGACAUGAUGGAGCUGAGGAGACGUUACCAGAACUUGUACAUUCCCAGUGAUUUCUUUGAUGGCCAGUUCACAUGGGUGGAUGCUUUUCCUAUCUCUCGUCAUUUUCAGCUUGGUAGCUACAGUAAUUUCUAUGUAAUGCACAAGGAAGUGGAUCCUCUGGAUAAAAAUACGGCUGUACUGGACCCACCAGAUGUGGAUCACACAUACAGUGCAAAGGUCAUGUUGUUGGCGAGUCCAUCUUUGGAGGAUUUAUACCACAAAUCAUGCGCUCUUGCGGAGGACCCAGCGGAAGUUAAAGAAGGCUUCCAGCAUCCAGCAAGGCUAAUUAAGUUUUUAGUGGGAAUGAAGGGUAAGGAUGAGGCAAUGGCAAUAGGAGGACACUGGUCUCCUUCAUUGGAUGGACUGUAUCCAGAUAAAGACCCUUCAGUACUCAUCAAAACUGCUGUGCGCUGUUGUAAGGCCCUGACUGGCAUUGACCUGAGCUUGUGUACACAGUGGUACCGUUUUGCAGAGAUUCGCUACCAUCGCCCUGAGGAGACCCACAAGGGGCGUUCGGUUCCCGCUCAUGUGGAGACAGUGGUUUUAUUUUUCCCGGAUGUUUGGCAUUGCCUUCCCACCCGCUCAGAGUGGGAAAACCUGUGCCGAGGAUACAAGCAGCAGCUGGUCGAGAAGCUUCAGAAUGAACGCAAAGAAGCUGAUGGAGAACAGGAAGAAGAAGACAAAGAUGAUGGGGAUGCAAAGGAAAUCUGUACUCCUACUCAUUGGUCCAAACUUGACCCUAAGAUCAUGAAGGUAAAUGAUUUGCGCAAAGAGUUAGAAAGUCGAACUCUUGGUUCCAAAGGAUUAAAAUCUCAGUUGAUUGCUCGAUUAACAAAGCAGCUUCGUGUUGAAGAACAAAAAGAGGAGCAGAAGGAGCAAGAAAAGUGUGAAAAAGAUGAGGAGGAGGAGGAAGAGCGGAAAUCUGAGGACGAUAAAGAGGAAGAGGAGCGAAAACGUCAGGAGGAAAUGGAGCGUCAGAGAAGAGAGAAGAGAUAUAUCUUACCUGAAGAACCAGCAAUUAUUGUACAUCCAAACUGGUCAGCAAAAAAUGGGAAGUUUGACUGUAGCAUCAUGUCUCUAAGCGUCCUGUUGGAUUACAGGAUAGAGGACAAUAAGGAGCACUCAUUUGAGGUGUCUCUAUUUGCAGAGUUAUUCAAUGAAAUGCUCCAGAGAGACUUUGGGGUGCGGAUAUAUAAGGAGCUUAUAACCCUCCCUGAGAAAGAAGAGAAGAGGGACAAAAAGAUUAAGAAGGAAGAGAAGAGAGACAAGAAAGAUGACAAAGAUGAUGACGAAGAACCCAAACUUAAACGUAGAAAAUCUUCAGACGAAAAACUAAGAUCGGAAGAAAAAGAUGAUCGAAAGAAGGAUGACAGAAAGAGAGACGAUUACAGAGAUGAUGAAGAAAUAGAUGAUGACACCCAAGAGGAUUAUGAGCCCAUUGGAGCAGAAGAAGACGACGGUGACUAUGAAGACAGGGAAGAAGAUGAUGACGACUCCAGCACCAAGGAUAAACGUGAAGACAAGAGGGAAAACCGAUACAGCAAGGAGUGUCUAGCCAAAGAUAAGGAGAAAGAAAAGAAGCAGAUGGUUACCGUAAAUAAGGAUCUUCUGAUGGCAUUUGUAUAUUUUGAUCAAAGUCAUUGUGGUUACUUAAUGGAGAAGGACUUAGAAGAAAUAAUUUAUACACUUGGAUUGCAUCUGUCAAGAGCACAGGUGAAGAAACUGUUAAGCAGAGUUUUACUGAAGGAAUCCUUCUAUUACCGGAGGUUAACAGACACUUGCACAGAUGAUGGGAGUCAGGAAGAGACUGAGAUUCCUAAAGAAGAUAUUCUAGGAAACCGAUUGCUGUUGCCAUCCAAAAUCGUACGAUCUGGGGUAUCCUCUGUGGAUGAAAAGGGCGGACUGAUCGUAUACAAUGGUGCAAUGGUUGAUGUAGGAAGUCUACUGCAGAAACUAGAAAAGAGUGAGAAGGGAAGAGCAGAGCUGGAGCAGAGGCUUCAGGCUCUCCAAUCCAAGACAGAGGUAGAUGAAAAGACCAUAUCUCAGCUAGAAGCUUCAAAUAAAAGUUUAUCUGGAGAGCUGAAAGAAGCAAAGAGUGACCUCCAUCACUUACGGGAGAACCUAAAAUCUCUGGAAGACACAAAUUGCCAGUAUGAGGACCAGCUGACUAAAACCAUUCGAGAGCUUUCAUCAACCAUGGAGGGAAUACAGACCGUUCUCAGCAGGAGUCCUCUGACGUCUGAAGAUCAGAAGUCAGAAGAUCAGAAGUCAAAAGAGAAUGGAGCCAGUUUUUGAUGCAACUUUCACUUGUGUUCUGGAAAAGGACAAACAAUGCAACGUCAUUAAUAAUGCAAAUCAUGAUUUUUCAGGGUGAAGAGAAGAUGGUAUGUAGUUUUACUUAAUAUUUAAUGGAGGAGAGAUGUAAAUAGUUUUAUGAGUGAGCUGCUUUUGUAGUGAUUUGCCUGUAAUUAACAGCACAAAGCAGAAUAUACAUUUUUCAAUCAUGUUUAGGAUAACGUAAAUGUUAGCAACUAAACUAGAUUAUGUAAUAAAUACAACCUAUAUAUAUAUUUUCUUUUGCUAUCCCUCUUUUUUUAUGUAUACAAUGACUGGGAAGUCCUAAUUAUUUUUAUCUGGUCUUUUAGUAUGUAUUAUUUCCAUUUGUUGUGAGGAAAUAGCUACAUAACCUAGAUUGGCAUUACUCGGCAAUAACAUUGUAGCCAAAUGUCCGCGAAUCCAUUGGAAUUAUAUGUAUUAAUACACUGCAUUGUCGGUUUCAUUUCUUCCCCUAAUGUAAAAAAAAAAUGCAAGCGGUAUUUAAUUAUUAUUAUACAAAUACAAGGCCAGCCGAAAUGAAUAAAAUGCCUCAUGACAAA